CCUCAACAGAUGAAGGGAUAAGCAAAACCAUGGAAUAUUAUUCAGCCUGAAAAAGGAGGGAAUUUCUGACACUUGCUACCACAUGGAUGAACUCUGAGGACAUUACGGACGCCCAGAAGCCCUCCGUCUCAGAGAUGCUGCCGCUGCUGCUGUCCCUGCUGUGGGCAGGGUCCCUGGCUCAGGACAGAGAAUACCGGCUGGAAGUGCAGGAGUCCGUGACGGUGCAGGAGGGCCUGUGUGUCCGCGUGCCCUGCUUCUUCCACCAUCCCUGGGUCUACUGGGACGACUCUGUCCCAUCUUUCGGCUACUGGUUCCAGGAAGGGGCCAGAACCGACCAGAAUCGUCCAGUGGCCACAAACGACCCAGGUCGUGAGGUGCUGACAGACACCCAGGGCCGAUUCCACCUCCUUGGAGACCCCUGGACCUACAGCUGCUCCCUGGACAUCAGAGAUGCACGGCAGGGAGACACGGGGACAUACUUCUUUAGGGUGGAGAGAGGGCCUUUUGUGAAAUAUAGUUAUUUAGAGAACAAGCUCCACCUGCAUGUAACAGCUCUGACACAGACACCCGACAUCCACGUCCAGGGGACCCUAGAAUCUGGCCUCCCCAGGAAUAUCACCUGUGCAGUGCCAUGGGCCUGUGAGAGGGGGACACCCCCCACCUUCUCCUGGACCGGGGUUGCCCUCCCUUCCCUGCACCCCAAGGGCCCCCACUCCUCGGUGCUCACCCUCACCCUGGGGCCCCAGGACCAUGGCACCAACCUCACCUGUCGAGUGACCUUCCCCGGAGCUGGCGUGAGCGCAGACAGAACCAUCAGGCUCAACGUGUCCUAUGCUCCACAGAACCUGGACAUUCGUGUCUUCCGGGGAAAUAGCACAGAGAUCCUGGGCAACGCCACCUCCCUUCGAGUCGUGGAGGGCCAGUCCCUGCGCCUGGUCUGUGUUGUCGACAGCAACCCACCCACCAGGAUACGCUGGGCCCGUGGGUGCCUGACAGUGAGCCCCUCACAGCCUUUGGACCCUGGGGUCCUGGAGCUGCCCCACGUGGUCUUAGGGGAUGGAGGAGAAUUAACCUGCCAAGCUCAGCACCCGAGGGGCUCCCUCCGUGUCUCCCUGAACCUAGUUGUACAAGGUGUCUCCUCUUCCUUCUCCCAAGUCUCUGGGGAGCGGAGAGAGGGCUCCUGGCCCCUGGUCCUCACGUUGCUCAGGGGGGCCCUGAUGGGGGCUGGUUUCCUUCUCACCUAUGGCCUCACCUGGAUCUACUAUACCAGGUGCAGAAACUCACAAGGGAAUAGGGUUGAGAGGUGCGACUGAGUUCCCUUCUUCACAGUGGUGCUUCAAGGUCUAUGAACAAGGAGGUCCCAGGUGACUUGAACCUGCUUCCCUUCCAGAAAUAGCAUCUCUUCACAUCCGGCCUCCAGGUUUCUUCCUGAUAGUUCUACAUGAGUGGUUGUGAGGGCAAGGAGGAAAUAGAUAUUUUUAUUAUUAAAUUGAACUGUGCUCCAUGUAACGUUUUCUUCUCUGCGCUUACACCUUAGCAUGGUUUUGAUAUGCCCAUAGCGCGACCCAUAAUAUAUUGUUCUAAAUCCCAUGAUAUGGUAUUUUUUAAAGUUAAUUUGAAAGAGAUUUUUUUAAUUAGAACAAUUAACUAUUUUAUAUUUAUCCGCAUAUGAACCAUUUCAAUUGCUCUUCAUCCCUUUGUUGUAAAAAUAAAAUCCCCUAAGGAAAAGUAAAAAUAAGAGGGAUUCCCUGUGGAAAGAACAUAUUUAGAAAAUGGACCUGGUGUGGCUAACAGGUACCCCCAAUAAAAUGGAGCCAGGCAAUCGUGACAGACCUAGGGUUCAGUCACGUACUCUGAGUUCUUAGAAAAACCACGAACGAAAACUAUAAGGACUUCUGAUUGUGCUAAGGGUCCUACCUGAAAAACCCCUAAGGAGAUGCUCCAGUGACAGCCAUCAUUGGAAACUUCUGGUCAGGCUGCAGUGACUUGCGGUCAGGCUGCAAGGGCCAUCCAGUCCCCUUUUAUAAGUCUCCCAACUGUGGCUUCUUUGGCUUGUGCUUUCAAACACCCCUCACCCCUUCACCUCCAAGGAACGUACUUUUGGUUACAGCCAAAGGCUU